AGACAGACCAACACUACCAAUCACUUCAAGUAAUCAGACUUGAUCACUUCUCCUCACGUGUACAGCAUUUCACUAUCUUGCCAAACAAUACGCGGGCUCACACAUCUUGACUUCCACCCUGCAUCUACCUCUAGACCGACAACAAUUACUCCCUCACCAACCUUCACAACAACCAUAUUUCUGCGCAGCUACAGCAGUCAGGCUCUUCUCACCUCUAUGACCAUCUAACAACAACUCCAUCACUCUGAUCAUCCCGCUCCGCUUUACACCACAAUGGCUCCUAUCGACAACCAGUGCGCCAUUUGUUCUAAGCCCGGCAAGCUUUGCGCCAGCUGCGAAAACGUUCACUACUGUGAUUCUGUCUGCCAGAAGACCGACUGGAAGGUUCACAAGCUGCUCUGUCACACUUUCGAGGACUCACGCGAACCCCCUGGCCCAAACAUGAUGCGCGUCAUCGUCUUUCCCUUCAACACCACAAAGCUCGAAUUCCGCUGGCUGCCUAUAAAGCCCGGCAAGACUCAGUGCCCUGACUUUGGCAGCUUCUUCGGCGUUGGAAGUAUGCUUGGUGCCAACAAACCCGCACUGGUCGACUUCAGAAGCUUUGUACAAGACCCAAAGACUGGCGUACGACUGCAUCACCGUAUCACGGUCAUGUUCCGCGAUGGCUACAAGAACGACGGUUCCAUCACCAGCAUAGCCGUGCACAAUCUGACCGGCGGUCCAUGCAUUUCGAAACUUGCUAGACCAGUCCUCGCUUACGGCAACAUCGAUUCCUUGGAGAACGAGGAUGUCAAAUGUACCAAUCUAGAUACCUCAGACCUCAACGUCAUCAAAGACUGGUUUGCUCAAGGCUUCUACAAGUGCAAGAACGAGCAACUAUACGCGGACAGGCUGAACGCAAACGACAAUUUUCUGGACGCGACUGCCAUGUUCGAAAUGUCCCAGGAUGUCGAGCGCGAGCUGUUGACAAGGGGACUGACCAUGCCUACUAAUCUCCAGAAUCUUGGUCUCAAGGAGCGGCUCCAGGCAGUGGAUGCCUUCAAAAAGGUAUGGGAUGCUAAGAUCAAGGCUCGGGCCUCUAAAAAGCAGCAAAGCUUCUCGGCUUCUAUGGAUGCAGAUGAGUUGGCUUGGAGGAAGGAAAUGCAGACAAGCGGACGCAUUACGAGUCAGAGCAGUGACUACACAGAUCACUUGAAGCGCCAGACCCGGCUUCCUGAAGAAUAUCGCCCUCGGGAGAAGUAGGCACUCUGUCAGCGGUCUUCCUGGUGAUGUUGCAAUCACGUCGUGGACUUCAAUGGAGACCGUGUGGUAAAGUCAGCUCCCAGAGAUCUCUAAUGAAUAUUGAGAUCAUAUUGUUGACUGAAGCGGGAGCGACAUUUCGAGAUCAGGGCAAGCUAUGCGAGGAU